CUAGCGCCACGGACACGAUCACGGCGUUGACGCUGAUUUUUCAGAAGCUUAAUAUUUUAUUCAAUGUACCUACAGCUAUAAUCAAACUGUAAAGUGAACAACAGUAAAUAGUUCUCGUGAAAAAAAAACAUUAUGAUUGCUCUAUUUGUUUAUUAGUGUUUGAGUUAGUUUAAGAUUGAAUUGUAAACAUCGAUGUGUAAACAUGAGUUUUUCAAUAGAUGAAGUGAAUUUUCUCGUGUACCGAUACUUACAAGAAUCUGGUUUUCAUCAUUCGGCGUACACAUUUGGAAUUGAGUCUCACAUUUCUCAAAGUAACAUAAACGGAGCUCUAGUACCUCCAGCCGCUUUAUUGAAUAUAUUGCAAAAAGGUCUUCAAUAUACUGAAGCCGAAAUAACUAUUGGAGAAGAUGGCACAGAAACUCGUCUCACAGAAAGCCUUAGUUUAAUUGAUGCAGUUACACCUGACAUUGUUGCUGCUCGACAAAAUGCUCACAAUGCACAAAAACAAGCUAAUAAAGAACCAGGCUCAGGCGGGGAACAAAAUGGUGUUGAUACAAUCAAUCUCCAGGGAACUACAUGUACUGCAGCUACAACAACAGGUGGAGCUGCAACUCCAAGUGCCCCCGAGAAUAUGGAUGUAGAUCAGUCAAUUGAAAUACCUGCUAGUAAAGCAACAGUUCUUAGAGGACAUGAAUCAGAAGUAUUUAUAUGUGCAUGGAAUCCCAGCACAGAUCUUUUGGCAAGUGGCUCAGGAGACAGUACAGCUAGGAUAUGGGACAUGUCAGAUAAUCCUGCCACUACUCCUAACCAGCUGGUUUUGAGGCAUUGUAUUCAAAAAGGUGGAGCAGAAGUGCCCAGUAAUAAGGAUGUCACAUCAUUGGAUUGGAAUUGUGAUGGUAACCUUCUAGCAACUGGAUCAUAUGAUGGUUAUGCUCGCAUAUGGACAACAGAUGGCACAUUAGCUUCCACUCUAGGUCAACAUAAGGGCCCAAUUUUUGCUCUCAAAUGGAACAAACGAGGAAAUUACAUUUUGAGUGCUGGGGUUGACAAGACAACAAUUAUUUGGGAUGCAGCAUCAGGGCAAUGCACACAGCAGUUUUCAUUCCAUGCAGCACCAGCACUGGAUGUUGAUUGGCAAACAAAUACUGCAUUUGCAUCAUGCUCCACGGAUCAAUGUAUACAUGUCUGCAGACUUCAUGUAGAUAAACCUAUAAAGAGCUUCCAAGGCCACACAAAUGAAGUAAAUGCAAUUAAAUGGGAUCCUCAAGGACAAUUACUUGCUUCUUGCUCAGAUGACAUGACACUUAAAAUAUGGUCAAUGAAACAAGACACAUGUGUUCAUGAUUUGAAAGCUCACUCCAAGGAAAUAUAUACUAUAAAGUGGUCUCCAACUGGACCAGGUACACAAAAUCCUAACAUGAAUUUGAUACUUGCCAGUGCAUCUUUUGAUUCAACGGUACGCUUAUGGGAUGUAGAAAGAGGAGUUUGUAUUCACACACUUACAAAACACACGGAGCCUGUCUACAGUGUUGCAUUUUCACCUGAUGGAAAAUUUUUAGCCAGUGGUUCAUUCGAUAAAUGUGUACACAUAUGGUCAACCCAAACAGGAGGCUUAGUUCAUUCUUAUAAAGGCACAGGAGGUAUCUUCGAGGUGUGUUGGAAUUCUAGAGGUACUAAAGUAGGAGCAAGUGCUAGUGAUGGAAGUGUUUUUGUCUUAGAUUUACGCAAGUUAUAAAAUAUUUGUAAUAUUAUUUCUUAUAACCAUCAUAGUGACAAAACAACUGAUAAUAUAUAAUUUGUCAUUUUAUUUAAUAAAAAUUGUUUCUAGU